AUGCACGUGUUCAUACACACAUCUGUCGCCAGGCGAAACCAGCUGGGCGAAACCAGCCGGGCGAAACCAGCCCCGGGCGAAACCAGCGGCUGCCGGUUGACUUUGGCUGGCCUUCUGGCCGCCGACCGAGGAGCAGCUGGGGGCCUCCCGGCGACCGCUGGCGGCGCGUCCGGGCGGACGGCGGCUGCACCGCUGCAGCCUCGGCCGCCUCUGGUUCGCAGGUGCUCUGGCGGGCCAGCGGCCUGGGUGCUUCAGGAGGGAAAGAAACGCACGGACACAGCUGCAGCGUGCGAGCCACGAGGCGAGCCGGCGGGCGCGGCCUGA